CUUAACGAUCUUAAGUGAAUUGAUAUUUUGCUCGAAUCAGCAAAAUGAAAUUUUCUCUGGUGUUUUGUAUUCUGCUAUCGGCAGCUUUUCUGUGUCUCUUCAUGGUUAUGGCACUCCCAAUCGAAAACUCUAUCACAUCCAUUGAACAUCUACCAAAUUCAGAUGAUCCUGAGCUAUUAGAAAGACAAAAACGUUUCACAAUGUCUACUUUCAUGAACAUGAAAGGUGGUGGUUUUGACAAAGCAGAAAAUGUGGAUAUAUUCCUUUCCAACCAGAAAAACAAAGAGUUCUUUGGCUCCAUCAUUGCCGGCGGAAUAGCCGGGUCUCCAGGGGGGCCGGCAGGCGUAGGGCUGGGGGCGCUUGCCGGCGCCGUAGGUUACGGAGUGGGCAAUAUACCGACUUCGAAGCCGAGGAAUAAUACGAGACGUCACUAA